UCUUGGUCGUCGCUCGCCGGUUCGGUUCGAUUCGAUUCGACCCGCCUCGUUUCGAUUCGACUCGAUUCGACUCCGCAAUUCGCAAUUCGCAAUCCACAAUCCGCACUCCGCUGUUUUUCGCGACUGCCUUCGCUGCUGUUCGGCUAUUGUCGCCGCCCUUUCUAUCCAACUAUUCCGCGUUCCACUCAAAUUUCAACGAUUCAGAAACAGUUACGAGUUGAAGCUACGAGUACAAAUAUUUUUUCACCAGUUAAAAUCUCUCUCAAGCGAAAUCAAACAGCAAACAAACAAACAAAAUGGCGGAACCAACAUCUAUCUGUCACAAGUGUAAUGAGCUAAUCGAGGAGCGCAUCAUCACGGCCCUGGGCAAGACAUGGCAUCCAGAUCAUUUUGCUUGCAAGGACUGCGAGCUGCCCAUCGCGGAGGCCACGUUUAACAUUCAAAAUGGGGAGCCCGUAUGCUCGAACUGCUUUGUCAAGAACUAUUCGGGCACAUGCUUUGGCUGCAAGCAGCCCAUCUUGGAGCGCACCAUCAAGGCCAUGGAACAGUCGUGGCACGAGGAGUGCUUCCUGUGCAAUGGCCCAUGCAAGAAGCCGCUGGCGGGCACCUCCUUCUACGAACGGGACGGACAUCCCUAUUGCCGUGUGGACUAUGAGCAGCUCUUCGCCGCCCGCUGCGCCGGCUGUGAACAGCCGAUCACCCAGAAUGCGAUCGUCGCUCUCAAUGCCAAAUGGCAUCGCGAUUGCUUCAAGUGCAAGAAGUGCGACGCUCCCAUCACGUCCAGCUCCUUUGCCGUGGAGGAGAACAAGCCGCUGUGCAGGGCCUGUUCUGGCUAGGAGCUGCACCAGCACUCGCACCAGCACCCAAACCCAAACCCACA